UCCCGUAGUCGCAGCCAUACGGGUCGGGCGCAAAAUUAAUUUCGUUGCAUUAUAAAAAAUAUAUAUAUAUAUAUUAAUAUAUUCCGACACUUGACUAAACUUCAUUCAUCGUAUUUGCUGAAAAGGUGACUAGAGACUGCUCCACCAUAUGAAAUUGAAAGUGGAAAGAAUGGCUUCACUGAACGUACUGCUGACACUCGCGCUGAUCCUGGAGGUGUGGGUGUAUGCCAUCCCUCUGGGCGAACCAUCCCCCUCAGGUGGUCUCGCUGGUAAUCCGGUCUGGAGUUACGAAGGCAAUAGUGGUCCAGCCUUCUGGCAUGAGGCGUUCCCGAGGUGUGGAGGAGAGAAUCAGUCUCCCGUUGACCUCAAGAUAGAAGACACGACCCAUUGGUCAGGUCGCCUGCCGUUUACCUUCGGGAGGUACAACGUAUCGCCUCCAGACGUGACAGUGAAGAACAAUGGUCAUACAGUGGUGGCAACCUGGACUACAAAGGACAUGGAUAAACUUCCUUUCAUCAAAGGCGGCGGGCUGGAGGGCGUGUAUGUCUUCAGUAACUUCCACUUCCAUUGGGGCAGCGACGACUCCAAGGGAUCAGAGCACACCUUCGAUGGUGACAGAUACGCGGCCGAGCUCCACCUUGUCCACUUCAAGAAGGACUACGGCACUUUGUCAAAGGCCCUCAAGCACAAGGAUGGCGUGGUGGUGCUUGGGGUGAUGGUUGAGGCCGACGACAAUGACAAUGAGCGCCUCCAGCCCUUCGUGGACGCGCUCGAGGAGGUCGUCGAGUUGGGAACCGAAUUCCACCCGGACUACAACAUACCCCUCGAUGCCCUCUUGCCCGAGGAGGAGGACAGGCACCUCUUCUUCCGUUACCAGGGCUCUCUGACCACGCCCCUUUGCAACGAGGUGGUGACAUGGACCCUCUUUCAGACGCCCAUCGCCCUUUCGAGCAAUCAGCUCGCCCAGUUCCGCGCCCUCAUUGGCCACGACGGCCUGCACCACCUUCAGGAUAACUUCAGGCCCGUCCAGCCCCUGAACGGCAGAGAGGUGGCAUUCGUAGAUACGGGAAGUUACUAAGAAAAAGAAAAGCUUCCGUCUUGUUCCGCAGAAGCUAUGUCUUCCCACUCUUGUACAAUUACAUUUACUACUUACUUUGCAUCUUCAUUGUUUUCUUACACAGAUUUUGUUACAGAGAUAUACUUUUAUUGUUGUAUGUAUACAUUUUUAGGAUGAAAUUAAAACCUAUGCUUUGUU